CCAAUUUUUUCGUGUCAAUAUUGUUUUUUUUUUUGUAUUACUGCUGGGAAAACACAACUCAAAAAGCAAAGACUUUGCGAACGCCUUGCAAUAAAUCCCAAUCAAUCGCAACACGAUGGACGUGGCGAGAACGUAUUCCAUACACACGCUGUGUCGCAUUUGCCUCAAUCUGCUGCAGAACGAUGCUGCCUAUGAUUUAUAUAUGGUGCCUGGUCUGGCCAAAAAACUAUGUCUAUGCACUUCGCUGUCGGUGGAGCAGAACGAUGGCUUCCCCAAGAAUCUGUGCACCAACUGCUAUACGCGGCUCAAUGAUAUGCACGACUUUCAAAAACUCUGCGUCGAUUCGGUGCAAAAGUUUCAGGAUAUGGUCGCCAGCAACGCCUUCACUUGCCAAUCCAAUUUCGAUGUGCUGGACCCAAGUACGGCGACACAUGAUCUCCCCAACGAGGAUGAGGAUCACAUUAAUUUCGAUCCGCUGUUAAAUCACAAAAUGGAGCUAAUCGAAAACGAGGAGGAUGUGUUCAAAAUGCUCGAAGAUUGCGACAAGGAGGCGGAGGAGGUGGAAAAAGAAGUGAAGCAAGAUAAAAAGAUGAAAGAAAUCAAAGAGCCCAUUACCAUCAACAUGUUCAACGAGGACUCAUCGUCCAUAGAGAGCGGCAACGACAACGAUCGCGAUAUUGACUUUGAGCCGAACAGUAGUGACGAUGACAUUCCUCUGGCCCAAAGGAUGCGCAGCAAAACCACCGCCACAAAGAGCACAAGAGCAGCCAAGUCGCAAGCCAAGCCUAAAAAGAAAACUAAACCCGAAGACGAUGAUGAGUUUAGCACUUCAUCAUCAUCCGACGAUGACGACGACGACGAUGAUGAUGAUGAAGAGGGAGGUGGCAAGCGAGAUAAGCCCAAACGCAAACGCAUUCCAGCGGCUGAGCGGCAUCUGCAUCGCAUCAUCGACUGUCACAUCUGUCAUCAAAAGUUCAAGAAGGCCAUACGCUAUGAGGAGCACAUGAAAUACCACAACGAUUUGUUGCCCUUCCAGUGCAAGGUGGAGAGCUGCAAGAAGGGCUUCACCACCGCCAAUGGACUGCGCAUACAUGUGGAUCACGCCCACACGGAGCUGUCCGAAGUGCAUGCCUGCAGCGUCGAGGGCUGUGGCAAGACAUUCCCACGCGUCCGUCUGCUCACCUUCCAUAUGAAAAAGGUGCACAACAUUUCCAAGUCUGCGGCACCGUUGCGCGACUUUCCCUGCACCGAAUGCGACACCGUGUUCCGUUGUCCCACAGCGCUCAAAAAGCACAUGUACAAGCACACGGGCGAAGAGCUGCCAUAUCCAUGUAACAUUUGCGGUAAGCGUUUUGUCAUCAACAGCGCACUCAGGGAUCAUCUCAUGCGGCAUGCGGGUAUUAAGAAUCACGUGUGUCCAUAUUGUGGCGUGGGCAAGACCACGCGGCAGGAAUGGAACGCUCACAUCUUGACACACACCAAGGAGAAGAAGUUCAAGUGCCGACAGUGUGAUCAUGCCUCGCACAACAAACAGGCGCUAUCGAAUCACGUCAAGGUUGUGCAUAUGAAGAUCAAGAACUUUGCCUGUCAAUACUGCGGCAAGACCUUUGGCAAGUCGCAUGCCUGCAAGGUGCACGAACGCACGCACACUGGCGAAAAGUGUUGUGAGUGCAAGAUCUGUGGCAAGAUCUUCCUGUGCGAGAAGAGUCUGACGAAGCAUCUGAAAACGCACGAGAAACGCGAUUUGCCACCCGUCGAUAUGCAUCGGCCACUCAACAUUCCGCUGCCAGGUGCCCAUCAGAUGCCAGAACACAUGCAGGGAGAUGGAAUGAUGGGUGGCCAGCAUGUGGCCGACGAUCUGCUCAAAGCUUGUGGCGGCGGGCCCGCCCCAGGCAUGCCAGGCGUUGGCGUUGGAAUCGGAGUCGGACCAGGCAUUCCCGCGAAGCCGAAGAACUCGCGACGUGUGCAACGCGUGGAUAUCUCACAACUAGCGGGCACAUCUGUUAAUCCCAUACCUUCCGUUUCGGUGCCAUCGUGGUCACCGCAGGUGAACUUCACCAAGAAAGAGGGCCAGCACAUUUGUCCGGGCUGCGGGCGUGGCUUCAACAACAUCGGCAACAUGAAACUCCACUAUAAGAUCAUACACGAGAAGGUCAAGGAUUUCGCCUGUCGUUUCUGUCCGAAGCGUUUCUCUAAGGCUCAAAUUUUACGGCAUCAUGAAUGGAUUCAUACGGGCGAAAAGCCCUUCGAGUGCAAGAUUUGUGGCAAGCAUUUCCGUCAGGAGACGGCGCUGAAGAAGCACAUCAAGACACACGACAAGCCCAACAGACGCAACUACAUCCCAGAGAAGGUGACGGAGGCGCCGACAACGUUUCACAAAAUCGAGCCGCGUGAAAUCGAUCGUGAGCCAAGGAACUAUGAACAGUAUCAGGAUCCGGCCGCUGAGCGUGCUGCGGCCACCGCUGAGUUGCUGGCCCAUCAGAUCGAGGAGAAUGAGGCAAAACGUAAGGCGGAUAUUGAGCGGCGAAAGAUUCAGGAAGCCGCCUGUGAGCAGCUAAAUAAACUGCAGAAGCAGCAGGAAAUCGAGAAGGCAACGACAUCCUAUGAUGGAUACUAUGCACAAAAGGCUCAAGCCGAGGGCAUCAGUGUCGAUGCCCUCAAGAUCGAUCAUGUGUAGAUGAGAAGAAUGUGCUUCACUGUUUUACACUCACACACACACAAAAACACACAACCAACCCCAGCAAUAUUUUUUAAAUAUACAUAUAUGUAGUUAUAAUAUUUUUUACAGUCUUUCUCCCCCCGUCAGUACACAAAACACAACAGAGUCCCCUCAGUAAUUAAGUACACCAUUGAUCUGUACCCUCGAAUUGCUCCAAAACUAAACUAACAUGUAUUGUAACACAAUAUUAAUUUUACUAUACAUAUAACAUAUGUACGUAUUUCUGUUGUCUAUGUAACUGGAUGGCAUCUAUUGCUUAAUUAGAAUAAUGACUUCAUAUUACAUACAUUUCAAA